AUGGCAUCCACAAUCAUGAAUUACCUCGGGUUCGGGGCUCGUCCUGCUGCGGAGGACAGCGGGAGCCCUGUCCGAGCACUGCCGUCGAGCUGGUACACCUCGCAAGAGAUGUACGAGCUGGAACGACGGGCGAUCUUUUCGCGGAAGUGGAUGCUCAUCACGCACCAAGUCCGACUUGCUCAACCUGGCGACUGGCUCAAAUUCGACGUCGCCGGCUUUGAAUUCAUACUGUCCCGCGAUCGAAAGGGGAAUGUCCAUGCAUUCCACAACGUGUGUCGGCACCGAGCCUUCCCCGUCGUCGAAGGACAGCAGGGGACAUCCAAGAUCUUUGCCUGCAAGUACCAUGGCUGGUCGUACGGGCUGGACGGGAAGCUGGCAAAGGCGCCAAAGUACGACGAGUUGGAAGAUUUCGACAAAAGCCGCAACGGUCUGUUUCCAAUCCACGUGCACGUCGACACCAAUGGUUUCAUCUGGGUCAAUCUGGACGGCCGGGAGAGACCCGAGGUGGUGUGGGAGGACGACUUUGUGGGCAUCGACAUGCAGGAACGGUUCAAGCAGUACAACUUUGACGACUACGUCUUUGACCACACCUACCACAUGGAAGGCGCGUUCAACUGGAAGAUCCUGGCCGACAACUUCAACGAAUGCUACCAUUGUCCCACGACGCACCCGGACGUGCCCACGCUAGCGGACAUACAGACGCACGAGGUCGACACCGCCCGCGGAUGGAUCACCCACAAAUCCAGCCUGACGGAGGAGCAGGCGAAGAACGGUCUCGGCAUCAGCAGCACGUACUACUUUCCCAACGUCUCACUGUCUGUCCUCCCCCAUUUCAUCAUGCUCCAGAGAUUCCUGCCCACCGGUCCGACCAGCUCGUUCAUGCAGUACCAGAUCUUCCGCAACAAGAAGUCGUCCGAGGAAGAUUUCCAGCUCAUCAACCAGAUGUACCGACGGAUCGUGGGCGAGGACAAAAUCCUCUGUGAGCUCGCGCAGAAGAACCUCAACGCCCGCAUAUUCGUCAACGGCGAGCUGCACCCCCGGCUGGAGAAGGGCCCGCUGUACUUCCAGAAGCUGGCCCGGGAGGUCGUGCGGGCGCACCACGAGCGCGAAAGAACGGCCAAGAAGGAGAUAUGGCCCGCCCGGCAGAACUUGCCGGACUCUGCGGCGACGAGCAGGGAGGACGAGGAGCUAUGCUCGGGUCUGGCGUGUCAGACGAAUCAAGCGGUGCUGGCGUGGUAG